AUGAACAACUACUUUUCCAACUUUAUAAGUAGGUUUGGAGCCAACCAUCUCAUCCCGACGUCGUAUUCCAACGCCGCAGAUAAUGCCAAAGUCCCCGAAAUCAACUACAUUACCCUCUUCAAUCCAAAGUGGGCAGAUGACCAUGAUGAGUCGCUUGACAACCUCUCGAAACAAAUUCUUUUCUUCAUAACUCCGGGCCUCACGGAUCCCAUGACACUUGACGAAGACCAAUUGGCCCGCCAGAAGGGCGAACACCUCAAUGUGGUGGGUCUACUACGGGGAUCUUGGUCACUUGCUAAAGAAUUCGGCAAAUCGUCUGGAUCCAUGCGAGUUCUGGUAUCUGGAGCUGCCAUAAUAGUAGUAGAGAUCGAAGAGGAUUUCUUUAUUGCAUUGUCGGUUGCGCUUCCGUCGACCUUGAGUGAACGACAUGAAGCUAUUCGCAUUCAGAUGGAAUCAUUGAUCCAAGCAGCUCACAGAACAUUUAAGUUGCUCAAUCCGCCAUUUUCGAAGCUCAAAGAGAUAUACAGCGUUAAAGGAAUGUCUGAUUAUCUCAGUGGCUACUGGCAGCAGUUCAUGGGCAAUUUUAACGAUGCUUCCAAAGUUCAAUUCGGUCCUAAACUGCUCGGAUGGCCAACUCGCAUGAACCCUAGGGGAGUUUUCCAGGUAUUACCUCACAACAGUUACCGAAAGUCGUCUGUAAAGGUGCCAGAUUCGCUUCGGCCAGACCUAGAAGAUCUAAUUAAAGACUUCUCGUUACAGCCUGCGGGAUACUUUGUAGUGAACUACAACAAGGCCAUUCCUAAGAAAUGCGGAGUGAUCUACAGCAAAAGUGACUGGGGAAACUUGAAAAUCGAAAAUGAAGCGUUGACUGAUCUUUUCAAUCUCCUUGAGUUUCUAGAGUACCACGGAGAACUUGUAACCGACCGAUUGAGCAAGCGAAAUACCCUCUCUCAUUUAUUUGACCAAUUAGAGAGCAAUAGCGUCGAAGUUUCGGAUGACGAAGAGGAUGACAAUGCUAGCCAAUCACAUUUCAGCAUGAAUCCAGCAGCUGCCAUUGAGUUGCUCCAUCCCGUCAAUAUCACCAACAACUUGGUUAUUCAGCCAUUGAGCACCACGGUUAGUACAACUGUCAAUGGGUUGCGGUCCUUGGGACUGGCUGUCAAUCUGCAACUUCCGGCUGCUCCAUCGUGGUGGUCCCUUGGAGGAUUUAGAGGGUCUGAGGCACCAGCUCCGGUGACUGAGGGUGAUGACGCACAUAGUAAAGAAGAUUCGGGAUCGUUCAUUCUCGGUGCCAACGGCGAUCAAAUGGUGACUAGACUAUUGAUUCAUUUGCCAACCAUUAUUGAGAAAACAAAGGAUUUAGAGAGGACCCCAGAAGGUUCAGAGAGUGAGGCUACAAUAGGAGCUACAGAUGAUGGUAUAAAUGAGCCUACAGAGGAUGCUACAGAUGCUACAGAGGAUGCAACAAAAGAUGGGGGUAAGAUUACAACCACAGAGGUUCGUGAAUACCUGUUGGUACUUUAUUCCCAUGAGGGAAUAGUCCAAGGCUUCAUUUUCGACUCCAGCCACGAGCUUCUCAGUCAAAAGCCAUUCUACGAAGACUUGAAGUGGGAUGUCUGCGAGCAGACCAUGGGAGUGAUUCAAGAGUGCUUCCAGAUCUCCAGUGGAGGCAUUGGUCUUAGUACAAGCAUCUCUUCUCUUCCUAAUCCGCUUAUGGCCAUCAUCACUGGAAAACUGGUAGAAUCUCAGAUUCCACAAUAUGAAGAUAUCGACAGUGACUUCUUCUUUAUUGUCUACGACACACAGGAGCACAGCUACCAAACGUCUCUUCCAUAUUUACCAAUAAGCGUUCCCAUUGUUGAUGGAGAGGUGGUGAAGAUCGCACAAAGUUUCAAUAAUGCGAUCUUCCAUCUCCACGACCAACUCACUGACCAUUUCGUGGUGAAAUCUGCCGGCAGAGUUUUCACCCCGGUGAGUGUGGUCAACGAACACCUCCACAAAUUUUCAAGCAACAAGAGCAACAAUUGGCUCUUCUAUUCCAUCAGACACAAGACCAAAGCCAUAGUGAUCAUCCGCAAUUACAACACCAAACACAAGCACACCAACAAGUCAAAAAAUAUUGCCAGGCCAGAAGGAGAGGGAUUAUUGAACCAGAUAUCUGAGAGCGUUCACGAUUAUGCCAGCUUAGGGUUCUUGGAUACACUUGGCGAGGAUGUCAAGGUGUGGCUAGAGAAGCUUGGACGCAAUGAAGCUUAG